AUGCCAGCCGCGUCCCGCUGCAUGGCGCUGCUCCGGGCGCUGCUCGGGGCGCUGCUCCUCCCGAUGCCAGGAGUGUGGUGCUUUAGCGAACUGUUCUUUGUGAGAGAGCCUCAAGAUGUGACUGCCUCCAGGAAGGAUGCGGUGGUGUUAGACUGCCAGGCCCGUGGGGAAGCUCCUGUAACUAUUACGUGGUUGAAAAACGGAGGCAAAGUGUCUGAAAAUGAAAGGAUCUACACCUUAUCCAAUGGCUCUUUAUACAUCAGUGAGGUGGAAGGAAGGAAAGGAGAGCAGUCUGAUGAAGGAUUUUACCAGUGCUUGGCUCUGAACAAGUAUGGAGCCAUUCUCAGUCAAAAAAGUCACCUUACACUAGCAACCAUUUCUGCUUUUGAAGUUCAGCCGCUUUCAACUGAGGUUCAGGAAGGUGGAGUAGCUCGAUUUACCUGUAAAAUAGCAGCAAACCCUCCUGCUGUUGUGACAUGGGAAGUGAAUCGAACAACUUUGCCUUUAUCUAUGGACAGGAUAACUGCUCUACCUACAGGAGUUCUUCAGAUCUAUGGUGUUGAACAGAAGGAUGCAGGAAAUUACCGAUGUGUUGCCACAACAAUAAGCAGCAGACGUAAGAGCACUGAAGCAACGCUGAAUGUUAUUCCAGCUUCAGACUUAAAGCCUUUUCACAAACCAGCCAUAAUAGCUGGUCCUCAAAAUGUUACAGCAUCUCUUCAUCAAACCGUCGUACUGGAGUGUGUAGCCACAGGGAAUCCAAAGCCAAUCAUCUCAUGGAGCCGGUUAGACCAUAAGUCCAUCGAUGUCUUCAAUACCCGUGUCCUUGGAAAUGGGAACCUCAUAAUCUCUGAUGUGAAGGUGCAGCAUGCAGGUGUAUAUGUCUGUCGAGCCACUAUUCCAGGCACACGAAACUUCACAGUAGCAAUGGCAACUCUCACUGUGCUGGCUCCUCCUUCAUUUGUGGAAUGGCCGGAGAGUUUAACAAGGCCUAGAGCUGGUACUGCUCGCUUUGCCUGUCAGGCAGAAGGAAUUCCUGCCCCCAAAAUUUCAUGGUUGAAAAAUGGAAGGAGAAUACACUCCAAUGGUAGAAUUAAAAUGUACAACAGUAAAUUGGUGAUUAACCAGAUCAUCCCUGAAGAUGAUGCCAUUUAUCAGUGCAUGGCUGAGAAUAGUCAGGGAUCUGUGCUCUCCAGAGCCAGGCUUACUGUAGUUAUGUCGGAAGACAGACCCAGUGCACCUUAUAACGUCCAUGCUGAAACGAUGUCAAGCUCAGCGAUCCUGCUGGCAUGGGAAAGGCCACUCUAUAAUUCAGAGAAAGUGAUUGCAUAUUCUGUGCAUUACAUGAAAGCAGAAGGUUUAAACAAUGAAGAGUACCAAGUGGUCAUUGGAAAUGAUACAACUCAUUACAUUAUUGAUGAUUUGGAGCCAGCCAGCAACUAUACCUUCUAUAUUGUAGCUUACAUGCCUCUUGGAGCCAGUCAGAUGUCAGAUCAUGUGACUCAGCACACCCUUGAAGAUGUUCCCUUGAGAGCUCCUGAAAUUAGUUUGACAAGCCGGAGUCCUACAGAUAUUCUUAUCUCUUGGUUGCCGAUUCCUGCAAAAUACAGGAGAGGCCAGGUGGUUCUGUAUCGUCUGUCUUUCCGCCUCAGCACAGAUAGCAAAAUCCAAGUCUUGGAGCUCCCAGGGACUUCAGAUGAGUACCUCCUUGAAGGGCUGCGGCCUGACAGUGUCUACCUGGUUCGUAUUACUGCUGCAACAAGGAUUGGCUGGGGAGAGGCAUCUUUGUGGACCUCCCACCGAACUCCAAAAGCUACAAGUGUGAAAGCACCAAGAUCUCCUGAGCUGCGUUUGGAACCAAUAAAUUGUACAACCAUUACAGUUCAGUGGCAGCAGGACUCUGAUGACACUGCAGCUAUUCAAGGGUACAAGUUGUAUUAUAAGGAAGAAGGCCAGCAGGAAAAUGGACCGAUUUUGUUGGAUGCCAGUGAUCUUGAGUAUACUGUCAGUGGUUUAGAUCCUAGAAGAAAGUAUCAUGUAAGGCUGCUGGCAUAUAACAAUAUGGAAGAGGGUUAUCAAGCAGACCAAACAGUCAGCACUCCAGGAUGUGUCUCUGUCCGUGAUCGCAUGGUGCCACCACCGCCACCCCCUCACCAUCUCUAUGCUAAAGCUAACACUUCAUCUUCUAUCUACCUUCACUGGGGAAAACCUGCCUUUACAUCUGCACAGGUCAUUAAUUACACAAUCCGCUGCAACCCAGUAGGACUGCAGAAUGCAUCUCUGGUUCUGUACCUUCAAACGUCGGAGACUCACAUGUUAGUUCAAGGCCUUGAACCAAAAACCAUGUAUGAAUUUGCAGUUCGGUUGCACGUGGACCAGCUCUCUAGUCCCUGGAGUCCAGUAGUCUAUCAUACUACCCUUCCAGAAGCACCAUCUGGCCCUCCAGUAGGAGUGAAGGUGACUUUGAUAGAAGAUGAUACAGCUUUGGUUUCCUGGAAGCCACCCGAUGGUCCUGAAACAGUUGUUACACGAUACACUAUCUUAUAUGCAUCCAGGAAGUCUUGGAUUGCUGGGGAAUGGCAAGUGUUGCACAGAGAAGGAGCAAUGACUAUGGCUUUGCUGGAAAAUCUUGUAGCAGGAAAUGUCUACUUGGUUAAAAUAGCAGCCUCCAAUGAAGUGGGAGAAGGACCCUUCUCAAAUGUGGUGGAACUUGCUGUCCUGCCAAAGGAGACAUCAGAGUCUAAUCAAAGGCCUAAACGCUUGGAUUCAGGAGAUUCCACGGCUUAUUCUGACUAUUACCAUCUGGACCAAAAAUCGAUGACUGGCAUUGUUGUUGGGGUUUGCAUAGCCCUGACCUGCAUCCUUAUCUGCAUCCUGAUCUUAAUUUAUCGCAGUAAAGCCAGGAAAACAUCUGCUCCUAAACCUGUGCAGCAAAGCACUGAUCGGCUGUCACAUACCAACAUCUCAUUAGCCAGUGCUAAUGAGGUGGAGAAGAGCAUUGAAGGAAUGGCAGAGAAUGCAGAAUCCUUAUUGCCAAUGAUAGUGGGAAACAGCUUCGUUGAUGCUAAGGGAGGAUCCGAUCUUAUUAUUAACAGCUAUGGGCCUGUCACAAAGGCCAACUGCAAGAAGAGGUGGCUGUUCUUCCAGGAUACUAAGAAGAUGAAGACAGAGGAGCCUCAGAGAAGAUUUGUCCAGGCAGUGUGUCUUUAUCAGCCAGGUACUACUGUGCUGAUAAGUGAGGAUGACUCCCCCAGCUCUCCUGGCCAGCAUUCUAACUUCCAGGUGCCGUUCAGUAUUGCUGCUGAUACAGAGCAUUCAGCCAACAGCGAAGGAAGUCAUGAGACUGGUGACUCUGGAAGAUUUUCACAUGAGUCCAAUGAUGAGAUACACCUCUCCUCUGUGACAAGUGCCACUCCUUGUGCUACCAGUCCUUUUGUAAGCAGUGACUUGGGUAAGAAUGUGAUGAAUUCUACCGUAAGUAACAGCAAAGAAUCACCCCUGCUGUUUGCUGCUGACCAGCCUGCUACCUCACCUCUUCAGAUCCACUCUGCAGUGCAAAACUCACACCCUUAG